AUGGCGGAGGAUAGGAAAGAGGAAGCCAAGGCACCACACUGGACUGCAGGUCAGCUUGCAGAGGCUUCGUCGCACCCACAUUCACCUGAAAUUAAGGAGCAGGGUGGCGUGGGUGCCAGGCUGGUCAGAAGUGCCAAUGGAUUUCCCUACCGGGAGGAUGAGGAAUCAGGGCUGGGCAGCCACGAGCAGCCAGGGACGUACACUCGGACCAAAGAGAAUGGGAUCAACGGAGAGCUCUCAGCAGGGGACAGAGAGACUGCAGAAGAAGUGUCUGCAAGGAUAGUACAAGUAGUAACAGCUGAAGCUGUAGCAGUCCUAAAAGGUGAACAGGAAAAAGAAGCCCAGCACAAAGAUCAACCUGGACCACUACCUAUAGCAGUUGAAGAGUCAGCCAACCUGCCUCCUUCCCCACCUCCAUCACCAGCUUCUGAGCAGACUGGAGCUCUGGAGGAAGCAGCAGGUGGUGAAACAAACCAGGCUCCUGGUGUAUAUAAGCAAGCAAAGGAAAAACUCUCAACUGCCUCUUUAUCAAAGAUUCCUGCCUCAAAGUCUAGAGCAAAGUCAUUGCUUCCUCCAAGACCCAGCUCAGCUUGCUCACUAGCUACUCAAAGGGCCACUUUUCUUGAUACAGAGAGUUAUUCUGUACGGCCCUCCUCAGCAGGCCCAAGAGACUGCUUGCCCAGCUCAAAAUCAGAUGCUAAGGAUGGAGUAAGCAAGAGUCCUGAAAAGCGUUCCUCUCUACCAAGACCUUCUUCUAUCCUUCCUCCUCGAAGAGGUGUAUCAGGAGACCGAGACAGAGAGGAGAACUCCCUCUCCCUCACAGCUUCCCUUUCCUCCUCAGUACGAAGGACUACCCGAUCAGAGCCAAUUCGUAGCAGAACAGGAAAAAGUGGAACUUCUACUCCUACUACACCUGGCUCCACUGCCAUCACUCCAGGGACACCCCCAAGCUAUGCCUCCCGUACCCCAGGCACUCCAGGGACACCCAGCUACUCCAGAACUCCCCACACUCCUGGAACCCCCAAAUCUGCCAUACUGGUACCGACUGAGAAAAAAGUUGCCAUAAUUCGCACUCCUCCUAAAUCUCCAGCCACCCCGAAGCAGCUACGAGUUAUUAAUCAGCCUCUACCUGACCUCAAGAAUGUCAGGUCCAAAAUUGGAUCAACUGAUAACAUCAAAUACCAGCCUAAAGGAGGGCAGGUUAGGAUUUUAAACAAGAAGAUCGAUUUUAGCGAUAUUCAGUCCCGGUGUGGUUCCAGAGAUAACAUCAAACAUUCUGCAGGGGGAGGAAAUGUACAAAUCGUAACCAAGAAGAUUGACUUGAGCCAUGUGACUUCCAAGUGUGGCUCACUCAAAAAUAUCCACCACAAGCCAGGAGGCGGGCGUGUGAAAAUUGAGAGUGUGAAACUGGAUUUCAAAGAAAAAGCUCAGGCUAAAGUUGGUUCACUGGAAAAUGCCCACCAUGUCCCUGGUGGUGGUAACGUCAAGAUUGACAGCCAGAAGCUAAACUUCAGAGAGCACGCCAAGGCCCGUGUGGAUCACGGGGCUGAGAUUAUCACACAGUCACCAGGCAGGUCCAGCGUGGCUUCCCCACGCAGACUCAGCAACGUCUCAUCCUCUGGAAGCAUCAAUCUGCUUGAAUCUCCCCAGCUCGCCACCCUCGCUGAAGAUGUCACGGCAGCCCUCGCUAAGCAGGGCUUAUGAAUUUGCUCAUUUCAUGUUGUAUGAAGUAACAAUAUUUAGGCAUGAGCUCUUGGCAGAAAUGGGCUCAGAGCAGGUGUUACAUUCAUUCUUUACCAUGUCUAAAACUAAGUCAAAGUCACAUCCCAAGACUUGUAGUUACCAUACAGUUAAAAAAAAAAAUAAAA